UGGCGAGCUGAGCGCGCGGUGAAGCCAGAUUAGGAGCAGCAAGCACUUGGGGACUUAGGGCCGCAGGGCACUGCGCAAGAUCGAUAGACUGUUUCUAGAGAGCCGCCGGACGGACACGCUGGGGUCGCUGGGGCUGGCCAUGGUGAUGGAGGUGGGCAUCCUGGACGCUGCGGGGCUGCGCGCACUGCUGCGAGAGCGAGCCGCACAGUGUCUGUUGUUGGACUGUCGUUCCUUCUUCGCCUUCAACGCGGGCCACAUCGCGGGCUCGGUGAACGUGCGCUUCAGCACCAUCGUGCGGCGCCGCGCCAAAGGCGCCAUGGGCUUGGAGCAUAUCGUACCCAACGCAGAGUUGCGCGGCCGCCUGCUGGCCGGCGCUUACCACGCCGUAGUACUGCUAGACGAGCGCAGCGCCGCCCUGGACGGCGCCAAGCGGGACGGCACCCUGGCUCUGGCCGCGGGCGCGCUCUGCCGGGAGGCGCGCACCACUCAAGUCUUCUUCCUCCAAGGAGGAUAUGAAGCGUUUUCGGCUUCCUGCCCCGAGCUAUGCAGCAAACAGUCCAACCCCAUGGGGCUCAGCCUCCCUUUGAGUACUAGCGUCCCUGACAGCGCAGAAUCCGGAUGCAGCUCCUGCAGCACGCCUCUCUACGAUCAGGGGGGCCCAGUGGAGAUCCUGUCCUUCCUGUACCUGGGCAGUGCCUAUCAUGCCUCCCGUAAGGACAUGCUUGACGCCUUGGGCAUCACCGCCUUGAUCAACGUCUCUGCCAAUUGUCCUAACCACUUUGAGGGUCACUACCAGUACAAAAGCAUCCCCGUGGAAGACAACCACAAGGCAGACAUCAGCUCCUGGUUCAACGAGGCGAUUGACUUCAUAGACUCCAUCAAGGACGCUGGAGGGAGAGUAUUCAUCCACUGCCAGGCGGGCAUCUCCCGGUCAGCCACCAUCUGCCUCGCUUACCUCAUGAGGACGAACCGCGUGAAGCUGGACGAGGCCUUUGAGUUUGUGAAGCAGAGGCGGAGCAUCAUCUCGCCCAACUUCAGCUUCAUGGGCCAGCUGCUGCAGUUUGAAUCCCAGGUUCUGGCUCCUCACUGCUCGGCCGAAGCUGGGAGCCCUGCCAUGGCUGUCCUAGACCGGGGCACCUCCACCACCACUGUCUUCAACUUCCCUGUCUCCAUCCCUGUCCACCCCACGAACAGUGCCCUGAGCUACCUGCAAAGCCCCAUCACGACCUCUCCCAGCUGCUGAAGGGCCAGGGGAGGUGUGGAUCUUCACGGUGCCACCGGGAUGCCACUCCUCCCAUGGGAGGAGCAAUGCAAUAACUCUGGGAGAGGCUCAUGUGAGAGCUGGUCCUUAUUUAUUUAACAACCCUUUCCCCCCUCCCCCC